AUGCACGGAGAGCGGAGCCGCGAUCCGGGGACGCGACGCGAGCACAGUUCCGGCGAGGAGGCCGCGCCAGUGACAGCGAUGGCGGCGGAGUCGGCGCUUCCAGUCGUGGAGAAGCUGCAGGCGCUCCUGGCCGCGAACCAGGACCCCAAGAAAUUAUUGAAAUAUUUGAAGAAACUCUCCACUUUGCCUAUUACAGUUGACAUUCUUGCGGAGACUGGAGUUGGGAAGACGGUAAAUAGCUUUCGAAAACAUGAACAUGUAGGAAACUUUGCCAGAGGUUUAGUGGCCCAGUGGAAGAAGCUGGUUCCUGUUGAACGGAACCCUGAACCUGAAGAACAGGACUUUGAGAAGUGUAACUCCCGAAAGCGCCCCAGGGAUGUUCUCCAGAAGGAGGAGGAGAUGGAGAUGGAGUACCAAGAAAACUGGAAGGCCUCUGGGAGCCGAGCCUCCAGCACUGACCACAGACACAAGAAGCCCAGGAAGCUGUCGGAGCUGGAGAGGCCCCCCAGAGUCUCUCACGGUCACGAGAGAGACCAGCAGUUAGAAAAAUCAUGGGUCAUCUAUCUAUACGAUGGUACCCUGUUACUUACAUCAACUCAGGAAGAGGAAGAGGCCGGGUUUACUGGGCGCAGAAUGAAUUCCAAGAUGCAGGUGUAUUCCGGUUCCAAAUGUGCCUAUCUCCCAAAAAUGAUGACCUUGCAACAGCAGUGCAUCAGAGUGCUGAAGAACAACAUCGAUUCAAUCUUCGAAGUAGGAGGAGUCCCAUAUCAUCUUCUCGAGCCUGUCUUAGAGAGGUGUACGCCUAGUCAGCUGUAUCGCAUUGAGGAGUGCAAUCAUGUAUUAAUUGAGGACACAGAUCAGUUAUGGAAAAUUCACUGUCAUCGAGACUUUAAGGAAGAAAGGCCAGAAGAGUAUGAGUCAUGGCGAGAGAUGUACCUGAGGCUUCACGAUGCCCGAGAGCAGCGGUUACGGUUAUUGACGAAGAACAUUCAGUCUGCACAUGCCAACAAGCCCAAAGGUCGACAAGCAAAGAUGGCCUUUGUCAACUCUGUGGCCAAGCCACCUCGUGAUGUCCGAAGGAGGCAGGAGAAGUUUGGAACAGGAGGAGCAGCUGUCCCUGACAGAAUCAAGAUCAAGCCCGCCCUGGACCUCACAGGAAGCAGCCAUACUUCCUUCAGCAGUGGCAGCAGCAACAGCGCUCAUCCCUCCAACGGCCCAAGUACCAGCAGUGCCCACUUGGCACCUGUGGUCAGCAGCUCUGUUUCCUAUGAUGCAAAGAAACCGGCUGUAAAAAAAAUCGCUCCAAUGAUGGCCAAGACGAUUAAAGCUUUCAAGAACAGAUUCUCCCGAAGAUAA